GGAAAAAAUGUUGUUGCAGAUAUUAUGGAGCCAAAUAUAGAAACCACAGCUAUUGGUUUGACUGUUACAGGCGAUAUUGCAUUUGGGAUAUUACCUUCUGCAGCAGAAGAUCCUGAAUCUGUUUUCCCAUCUCGAGACAUUGGUAGUUUUGGCGACAGCCCUGCGUACGAAAUGCCACCAUUUGACUUAAGCCCAUUUGGGAAUGAAUCGGAAUACAAUGCUUUCAAUCCGUUUGGAGAUAUAACCUCAGUGGAAGAUGGGCCAACAUUGAACUGCUCAGAACAAUUGAAAUUUUAUAACGAAAUAAAGACAUAUUUUUCACCGAGUCAAAUUAUUGUGCCAAUCAUUUAUUGCGUUAUUUGUCUUGUUGGAUUGAUCGGGAACGGGCUGGUUAUGUUCGUCAUUAUCGGAAGUAAGGAAAUGACCAAAUCUGUUGCAAAUAUUUAUAUUUUAAACCUUGCCAUAGCCGACACUUUGUUUUUGGUAACGCUUCCAUUCAGCUCAACACAGCGUGUAUUGUUGUCUUGGCCUUUCGGUGUGGGAAUGUGUAAGAUUGUCGAAGCAAUCAAAUAUCUCAACUAUUUUGCCAGUAUAUUCUUCUUGACAGCCAUGUCGCUGGAUCGAUAUUUUGCUGUUGUUUACGUCGUCACAUCAAGCCGAUACAGAACAAAUAGGAAUACAUUUUUUGUAUGUUUGCUGGUUUGGCUUCUGUCAUUUGUAAUGGUGAUUCCAUUGCUUAUUUACACAAAGUUACACGGACAAAUGUGUGCUCUUGUUUUCAACACGAACGAUUUCUCAGAAUCUGACGUUGUAUCUGAAGAUUAUAUUGAAUACGAAGAUGGAGAAUUGUGUCCUGGAUAUUAUUCACCUGACUAUAUUACUGGUUAUCCAACAAGACACUCUGAAGGCGUUUCUUCCGGAGAUCGAGAUUACCUAGACAUGUCGUCUUACAUCAAUGGAUCAGCAGACAAUAAUUUUCUGAUGUGCAAGCAUCCCAACUCUCCCACAUUCCAUAUUUUCAUUGUAUUUACUUUCGUAAUUGGAUUCAUAGUACCAUUCACUGUCAUAACGCUUUGUUAUGCCAUGAUCGUCGUGAGAUUACUACAACCUUCGGAGACAAGAAGCCGUUCUAGACAGGCUGAGAGGACACGCAGGAAGGUCACAAGAAUGGUGGUUGCUUUAGUCGUUGUAUUUUUCGUUUGCUGGCUUCCGUUCUACGUUUGGCAUCUCGUGCAGAUUCGAGGCAUUCACGUCAGUAUGGCUGUCUGCAGCCACGUACGAGACUUUACUUUCUGUCUUUGUUUUGCCAACAGUUGUUUGAAUCCUCUUCUCUACACGUUUCUCGGACACAAUUUCCAGGAGAGAUUGCGGAAAAGUAUAGCAAUGUCGCUACGUUCCUUCACUUUUACUACAUUCACACGAUAUACAUCGCAUACUUUGAGUCGUGCAGACACUGGAGGUUUCAGUAAGAAAAUGGAAGCAACAAAUCACUCCGAACCUCCGUUGGAAACGACCAAUCGAAUAAACAUCAAUCAACUUACUCAGGUGCCCGAAGAAGAGCCUUGUCUUGCCAACGGAUGCGAUACAAACGGUAACUUACAAUGCAAAGUUUAAUUGCCGGAAAGAUUUGACUAUAACAAUACACAGUUGUCACUGAGAUUGGCGCCUUCGUUGUUCCGUCCGCGAUACCACAGCCUGAUGCCGCGCCCGCAGUCAUGCAGUGAUGAUGACUCAUAUCCGAGAGCAAUUGACGACACAACAACAAGAGGGGUCCAUGAUAUUUUUGUGCAUGCAAAAAACAAUCCGGGUUAUACCAGAAAGUCGCAAGCAUACGCUUGACAAAAAAUUUGGUAUUGGGAAUUUCGACUGUGUCAGCUAUAGAUUUAAGAGCAGACAACAAAGUCAUUUGAAGGACAGUUCAAUUGAUUCUCAAUUUCCAUUUCUAACUGAUACUACAUUCCCAUGAGUUGUAAAUGAAUAUUUUCGCGGUAACGAACAUUAAACAUUUAAACAGGCAGCCACUCCAACGUAUGAACCCAAUGGGUUUAGGUCGUGAUGUUAUCGACUUGGAAUCACCGGCUUACUUUUAGUUUUGAAGCAUCGACAAUCUUUUUCCAUUCCAUGUUUCAUUUUUUAAUGCAUAUUAUUUUUAUCUUUUAAAUAUAUGAUCGAUGUAUAUUCGAUCGUGCAUGUGCCAUGUACAUCUGUCUUGAUGAAAAAACUGUUUCAAACAUUUUUUCUUGUCUUAUGCGAUCGCAUAACUGUAUAACUUUUUGUGAACCUAUGAAUUGCUUAUUAUAACAAUAUAAUCGGAAAUACUAUUGUUAGAACUUAAACGGUAGUAUGAUA